AUGGGGCCUGAGCCGGCAGCGCCACAGCUCACCGGGAGAUGGCAAGUGCUGUGCAUGUUGUCCUUGUGUUGCUGGGGCUGGGUGUCUGGGCAGCUCCGGUACUCAGUGCUCGAGGAGGCUGAGCCAGGAACGCUGGUGGGGAAUGUUGCUCAGGAUUUGGGCUUCAAGGUAUCUGAUCUGUUGAGCCGCCGCCUGCGGCUGGGCUCUGAAGAGAAUGGGCGUUAUUUCUCCUUGAGUUUGGUGAGUGGGGUUCUGGCAGUGAACCAGAAGAUUGACCGGGAGAGCUUGUGUGGAGCCGGCACCAGCUGCCUGCUGCCAGUGCAGGUGGUGACAGAGCACCCCCUUGAGCUGAUCCGGGUGGAGGUGGAGAUCCUGGAUCUCAACGACAACUCCCCCAGCUUUGCCAGCCCCAAGCGGGAGAUGCACAUCUCUGAGUCGGCCGCACCUGGGGCCCGGUUCCCGCUGGACAGUGCCCAGGAUCCAGAUGUGGGUACCAACACUGUGAGCUUUUACACCCUCAGCCCCAGCAGCCACUUCUCUCUGAACGUAAAGACCCUCAAAGAUGGGAAGCUGUUCCCAGAGCUGGUGCUGGAGCAGCAGCUGGAUCGGGAAGCUCAGGCAAGGCAUGGGCUAGUGCUCACAGCUGUGGAUGGGGGAACCCCAGCUCGCUCAGGGACCAGCCUCAUCUCCAUCAUCGUGCUGGACAUCAACGACAAUGCCCCAGCCUUCCAGUCCUCAGUCUUACGUGUGGGACUUCCAGAGAAUGCACCUGUGGGCACACUGUUGCUCCGCCUCAAUGCCACUGACCCAGACGAGGGUACCAAUGGCCAGCUAGCCUAUUCUUUCGGAGACCACACGUCAGAGGCCGUACGGAAACUCUUUGGCCUGGAUCCCACCAGUGGAGCAAUCCAUGUGUUGGGUCCCAUAGACUUUGAGGAGUCGAGUUUCUAUGAAAUCCAUGCCCGGGCCCGUGACCAGGGGCAGCCGGCCAUGGAGGGCCAUUGUGUGAUUCAAGUAGACGUGGGGGAUGCCAAUGACAAUGCCCCAGAGGUGUUGCUGGCCUCUUUGGUCAAUCCUGUGCUGGAGAACACCCCAGUGGGCACCGUGGUGGGAUUGUUUAAUGUGCGGGACCGGGACUCGGGCAGGAAUGGUGAGGUGAGCCUCGUGAUCCCUCCAGACCUGCCAUUUCAGAUUAAGCCUUCAGAGAACCACUAUUCUCUGCUGACCAGCCUUCCCUUGGACCGCGAGGCCACAGCCCACUACAGCAUUAAGCUGCUGGCCAGCGAUGCUGGCUCACCACCUCUACAUACACAGCUCAUCAUCAGGCUCAACAUUUCCGACGUGAACGACAAUGCACCCCGCUUUGCCCAGCAGCUCUACACUGCCUACAUCCCCGAAAACCGGCCCCCGGGUUCCCUCCUCUGCACCGUGGCUGCCUCUGAUCCAGAUGCUGGGGAGAAUGCCCACCUCACCUACUCCAUUUUAGGGACACAGAUUCAGGGAGCCCCGGCAUCGUCUUUCGUGUACGUUAAUCCAGAGGAUGGGCGAGUCUUUGCCCAGAGAACCUUCGACUAUGAAUUGCUGCAGAUGCUCCAGAUCGUGGUUGGGGUUCGAGACAUGGGCUCUCCCCCAUUAUCUGCCAAUGCAUCCCUGCACUUGUUUGUCCUGGACCAGAAUGACAAUGCCCCAACAGUGCUGCACCCCCAGCCUGGUCGGGAACCCUCAGCCCCCCUGCGGCUCCCACGUUCUGCCCCAGCCGGCUCCCUGGUCACCAAGGUGACGGCCGUGGAUGCUGACGCGGGCCACAAUGCCUGGCUGUCUUAUUCCCUGUUGCCCCAAUCCACAGCACCGGGAUUGUUCCUUGUGUCUGCACACACGGGUGAGGUGCGCACCACCAGAACAUUAUUGGAGGACGACGCUAACAUGCAGCAGGUGGUGGUCCUGGUGAGGGACAAUGGAGACCCUGCGCUGUCCUCCACGGCCACCGUGCUGCUCCUACUAGAAGAUGAGGACCCCGAGGAGACCCCCAAAUCCAGUGACUUCCUCACACACACUCCCGAGCGCUCAGACCUCACCCUCUACCUCAUUGUGGCCCUCGCGGCCAUCAGCCUCAUGUCCUUGGUCACCUUCAGCUUUCUGUCUGCCAAGUGCCUGCGGGGGCAGGCCCACAGGGAUGGGGGUGGGGGCUCAUGCUGUGGCCAGCAGGCCUCCAACUCGGGGGAGUUCUAUACGCAGUCGAGUCCCAACCUGCAGGUGAGCUCAGACGGCACACUCAAGUACAUGGAGGUGACACUGCGGCCCACGGACUCACAGAGCCACUGCUACCGCACGUGCUUUUCGCCGGCCUCCGACGGCAGCGACUUCACUUUCCUAAGGCCACUCAGCGUGCAGCAGCCCUCCGCGCUGGCGCUAGAGCCCGAGGCCUUCCGGUCCCGUGCUAACACACUGCAGGAGCUGAGCCAGCAAGCUCCGCCCAACACGGACUGGCGCUUCUCACAGGCCCAGAGACCCGGCACCAGCGGUUCCCAAAAUGGCGAUGAAACCGGCACCUGGCCCAACAACCAGUUUGACACGGAGAUGCUGCAGGCCAUGAUCCUGGCCUCUGCCAGUGAAGCCGCUGAUGGGAGCUCCACCCUGGGAGGAGGCGCCGGCACCAUGGGUCUAAGUGCGCGCUAUGGGCCCCAGUUCACCCUGCAGCACGUGCCUGACUACCGCCAGAAUGUCUACAUCCCUGGCAGCAACGCCACCCUGACCAACGCUGCCGGCAAGAGGGAUGGCAAGGCUCCGGCAGGGGGCAACGGCAACAAGAAGAAGUCGGGCAAGAAGGAGAAGAAGUAACGCGGAGGCUGGGGCUGAGGCCGAGAGCCACAGGGCAGCCUCCCACCCCAGCCAGCCCAGCUUCUCCUCACCUUGUACCCAGGCCUCACAGCAUUUCAGGGUUCAGCCCCAGGAUACUGGCUGAGGCCCAGGCCAUGCUCCCCUCGGGAAACAGA